CUAAUGGUCGCCUAAAAGCAUCUGUUUUCUGAAGCGUUUUCAUUAAGGAAGAUUUUGUAAGGCAAACGAAAAUAACGUUACGCCUUUGAAAUGGGCACAAAACGUCGCAAUAUCGAAGACGAGCUCUCUCGAUUUGAGGCGGAGAUCUCCAAGCCGCCAUCGCGAAACCUUUUUGUGCCGAAUCAAGUGCGUCCGAUCAUUGCGGCAAAUACGUAUACCAAUGUGCAACAGAAGUUGCAGCAGCAUCAGCCACGGAUGACGGUGCCACCGCCACCGAUACCACCACAGCCCACAUUUAUGUCCACAUUUGUGCCGACUGGCAGCAACCCAUCCACGGCGAAAUCGAUGUCGGCGACGCCAGUAGUGCUGAGCAGUGCCCCAAAGCUGUAUCAGUGCCGUACAUCGGUUCAUGUGCCCACCGUGGCAACGGCGCCGGCAAUCGAUAUCAACAUCAAUUCCAUACAAUUUGAUGUAACGCAAAAGCUCAAGAAACUCAAAGCGGAAAAAUCAGGACCCAAUCCAAUUGCUGAGGAGGCAAUCAAAGCGGCCCGUGCCUCAUCGGCACUGCAAUCAUUUCAAACAACGGAGCGCAAGAAAAAGGACCGGAAGACGGUGAGAAUUGCGGGCGGCACUGUUUGGGAGGAUGCAUCGCUGGCGGACUGGCCGGAUGAUGAUUUUCGCAUCUUUUGCGGUGAUCUUGGCAACGAUGUCAACGAUGAGGUGCUCACGCGCACCUUCAACAAGUUCCCCUCGUUUCAACGGGCACGUGUCAUACGCGACAAGCGCACCGGCAAAAGCAAAGGAUUCGGUUUUGUUAGCUUUCGCGAACCGGCCGACUUCAUACGUGCCAUGAAGGAAAUGGAUGGACGUUAUGUGGGCAGUCGGCCGAUCAAGCUGCGUAAGAGCACCUGGCGGCAGCGCAGCCUCGAUGUAGUAAAAAAAAAGGAGCGCGAGAAGCAGGUGCUGCUGCAGGCCUUCAACUCGAUGAGUUGAAGAUAAAGCUAAAAAAAAAAACGUGACUCGAGAGUUUUAGGCUAGUUUUGAUCGUAUUUCGAUGUAGCAAAUUUUGUGUUUAGAAUGCGGGAAUGAAUAAGCAUCUAUAUUAAAACGAUACGUUCAAAUUCACAUUUUAGCAAAAGGAAAAACUCUGAUUAUAUUUAUUUACGACUACUAUAAAACAACUUACAACUUAAAUUAGUCGCUCGAUAAUUGCAAGCUCAAAUUCAACCUUCUGCCCAGAGAUUAUAAUAGUGAUUUUCGUUUUUCUUUUUAUUUUAAAAGCAUUUUAAUUUAAUUUUAAAAGUAUUGAAUUGUGUUUUCUUUUUAAGAAAAUGAAGGCAUUCAUAAACUAUAA